AAGGGGUAACCAUGGUGAUGAGAACGCUGCGGUUCGCUCGCGCGCUUGUUGUUGCAAGAACGCGGCGGUUCCCGCGGGUUGCGAACGCUGAGUCUGCUACGAGGCGUGGUGCAGCUGCUCGCUGAAAAUAUGAACAAGCCGGGGAAAAAAGAUUCGCGUAAUAUUAAAACUCCCCCCGAAAAAAAAAAGGUAAAAACAUUUGAGCAGCCUUCCUCACCAGUUCAAGAAGAGCCAGAGCCUGUGAGCUGUGUACUGCAAGGAGAUGAAAUCCAAGCCCUGGCUAUUAAGUUGGAAGACCUGGAAAAGCUCCAUACUGCACAUCUUCAAAAGAAAGAAAAAACUUCUAUAACCAAGAAGUUCCUCAUUCGCAAAUCCAGGCCCCAAGAAGAUGGGAAGAAGGCACAUUUCCUGGUUGCUUAUCCAGCUAUUUCAGAUGAAGCAAAGAAAACGCUGCAUUAUUCUGGUCUAGAAGGACCAACAGUGGAUAACUAUGGCUAUAUCCUCCCUCAUAGCAUCUUAGGAACUCUCCAGGAAUUCAAGCAAGAAGCCAUAAAAAGAGGACACUCUCAGGUAGCAAGACUGAUUCCUGAUGCUUUACAGCAGAGUAGCUCAGUCCCAGUUUUGAGGAAGUGCCAAGAUAAACAUGAGGAAGAAAAGAAAAGGGCCCAGUCCCGCUCAGAAGAGCACACGGCCCUUCAGAACUGGCAUCGCAACAUGGCACUCAGGAGGAAACAGCAGAAAAGGCUGUGUGUAUAUCUUCAGAAAUCAGAAAGUGAGCUGCUGAUGAAUUUUUCAGAAGUUCAUUACAGAAGAAUCCAAGAAGAGCGUACUCUAAUUGACCGCAGUCUCCCUGCUCUGUACCCUGGAAAGGGCUAUCGUGUAGGCAGUGAGUUCUGGAGCCAGCCCGUGUACAUUGGAGAUGAAGUCACCGGUCUGGCAGCGACACUGGGCCAGACUGAACGUGGCUUCCCAGAAGAAGUCACUCAUGUUGGGAAACCUCGCAGCAUCUGGAUGGAGAUAGGUACCAGGCCUCCAAAAUACCUCGCUUUCCAUCGCACUUGGGAGAAGAGUCUCUUCCUAAAGCAUCGGCGAAAUGAGUUAAGGGAGAUCUUAGAAAAGCUGGAUUUUUAUAACCCGGACCUGGAUGGUCUGGAGGUUGUAAGCAGAAAUCACCCAUACAUCAAUAUAUCAGCAGAAAGUUUUUCAUCCAGUGAAGACGAAGCUAAAGAAUUUGUUGAAGGAAAAAGCCAAGGCCCAUUAGAAGCAUACCCAGAUGUGAUUUCAGGACCAGUAUUGGGUCCAUCUCUGAAGUUCUGUGAACAACCAGCUCGCUGGAUCAACAGCGCUUGUCAAGUGGGUGAAAUAGGCAUUGCUGCCCGGGUCACCUUUGAAAUUCUAGUAGGUGAGAAAGCUGAGUCUCUCCUCACAGUAAGCAAUGACGGCACAGCAGCUAUCUGGUAUGAUUGGCGAAGGCUACCUCAACCCUUUACUUUUCAAGAGAAAAAAAGGAGGACACAGAAUUUUUACUUCAACACCAGAUCAGGAGUUAUCCUACCUCAAGAAACCAGGAAGUUUUCCUUCAUCUUCAAGUCAAUGAAUGCAGGUGUCUUCAGUGAGUCAUGGGAAUUUGGCACUCAUCCUGUGUUGUUAGGAGGUGCGGUGUUGCAAGUGACCCUCUGGGGAAUUGCUGUAUAUGAAGAUAUAUCAGCCGGGCUCAGACAGGAGCUUCAGGAAGAGCUAGAAGCCCGGGAAGUUGCUGUUAUAGUGGAAGAGAAUCUGAAGGACCUGCUUGACCGAAUCCGUUCAUCAGAGCGAGUACGAUCUCCUCUUGAUGCAUAUGUCACAGAGGAGGAGUUAUUCCACAGAAAGAACCAAGAGUUACACUACCAGCACCAAGUGGUAAAGGGGCUCCAUGAGCUGUGGAAUAAACUCAUGAAUCCUCCUCCAGUUAUAGAUACAUAUGAUGAGGCACAGAGGAAAAGCACUACUACAGAAGAAUCCUCUCCACCAAAGAGUAGUUUGGACUCACAGCAAAAGGGUAGUUUGGACUUACACCAGAAGAGUCCUGAAGACUCAUCACGCCAUAAGAGUGUUUCCCCAGCUGUGUCAGCAGUAAGGAAGUCUGAGAUGGAGGACCUGAUAGGCCAGCUGAGUAGGGCUGAUAUGGAGGAUAUGAACCGAGUAGAGUGGAAUCUGUCCAUCCCAGAUUUUAAACAGACUUUGCUCACGAUCCCUGAGGAAGAUGAACGAGAAGCUGCCCUGGCCCAGCUCAAUAAAGCAGCCUUGGAGCUUUGUACAAUACCAUUGACACCUGAGGCAGACCUCCUUUACCAGAUAUGUUUUCAGUUGUGGCGUGAAGUAAUUGAUGGUCUGGUGAGCCGUUCACUGGUACUCAGGUCCCUGCUUGGUAUGCCUGAGAAGGAUACUUACGUAGAAAUUGUCCCAGAAGAAGCAGUUGAAGUAAAACCAGUUGUUGUGAAGGGAGGAAAGGAAGAUCGAAAACUUCAGAGAGAAGAUAAGAAGGCUGCUGUCAAGGAAAAAGAAAAAGGAAAGGUAGCCAAAGAGGAACGUCCAAACAGCAGGAAAACCAAAGGCAAAGAAGAGAGAAAAGUAAAAGGAUCCACAAAGGAGGUUGUCAGUGCUGCAGUGGAUGUUGCAGAGGCAGAAGUCCAAGAACUUCGCCAAGAACAAGUGGAUCCAAUUCUGCAGGAAAAAUACCAUGAGAAACUUUAUGUUGAAGUUUAUGGACUGCUUGAUUCAAUGGUGAGCAAAAUGGUUUUCCUAUUUGAGGAGCUGAGGAAGGAUCCCUUAGGGAAGAAGAAUAAAGCACCUUUUGUUUAAAUGUUAGUGAUUUCAUAACAAAAUAAAAAGCUAUAUUUAUAUAUGCUGUGCCAGAAUAGUUUCCUUUUGUUUAUAAAGCCGCCAAUUGAUUAAAUAGAGUAAGGGCUAAUCCGUACAAUUAGCUCUACAGCAGCUGAAUGUAUAGUUGGCUUAUACGACGCAUUCCUCUCUACUCUGUUUUAUAACCCCAUUGAGAAGUUUGGGUUGUGUAAUGAGGGGCAAUUGGCAGUACUGUCAAGAUUUUUAGGUUAAUACUAUGAUUGUAUAUGAUAUAUCUAUGUUUCCAUUUUGAUGACUGGCUUCAUACAAUAACAAUGGCAUGGUUGAAUCCAGGGGGACAUGAUUUUUUUUACAUUUGGAUUCGCCAGGUGUCUUGGAUUACGAUUGUCAAAGCCUCUGGAGCUCCCAUCAACACUAUAGUGUAUUUACAGACAAUAAAUUUUCAGAGACUUGGAAGUGGUAUUGUUCAGCUGUGGUGCUUUUUUUUUUUUUAAAGUCCCAUCAUAGUUUCUUCUCAAACUGGUUUUAUAGGUCUUCAAACAAAAGCCCAAACUAGUCCCCACCUAGCAGUACGGCCAACCCUUCUGUACGCUGCUGUGAAUUUAAUGAUAAAAAUUCUUCAAACAUUUAUUACCAGUGUACACUUUGCUUUGCUUAGGACACCCAAGAGCAUUUUUUUAAAGUUCCCUUCAGAGUAAAAUUAACUAGAUCAAAAGCUGUUUAUUCUCAGGGCUAGUCAGUUUCCUCACUCAGUUUUAUUUUAUUUUUGUACUUGGGAGCCUGGGUGUAGCUAGUCUAGUUCCCAAAAGCUUUCAGUGUGGCUCUCAACAUAGCUCCUGAUCCCAAGGACUAUCCCACAUUAUCAUGCACCCCAGCUACUUUCCCCCAAGUUUGAGAUCACAGUAUGAACAGCAAGAUAAGGCUUGACAGAGCCCUCCUUCCCUUUCUAUUAGGCAUCUCAAGACCCAACUAAAGGAGGUGCCGUUCACACAGCUGGUAUUUUUUUAACUGAACAGUUUUUUAAAAGAAGCAGGAGUUGAGGGGGUCCCAAUUUGGAUUGGGAUCUUGGUGGGUGGAGCUUUAACCCUUUGCCUCCUGCUGUGGUCCCACUCUGCAUGGGGCCCCAGUGCCUGCUAUCUAUAUUGGAAGAAAGAUGUCCAUUAGCACAAAUGGGAGCUUUCCCAUGCUAUGUAAAGAGCAGGCACAAGACCUGUAAUCUGGAUCAGGCAAAGGGUUAAAACUUGCUUUUUCCAGUGGUAUGGUUUUAUAUAACUACUUGGUUGUAGUGCAAGGUGUAUUUUAACUGCUGUUUUAAAUUUUGUAUUUUACUGAAAUAGUAUAUUAUUUUUAUUUUUAAACUUUAUGUAAGCUGCCUGGGGAGGGCUCUUGCACUGCAAGGUGCCCCAAAAAUAUUUCCAGUAAUCAAUCAUAUCCCCCUCCCUAGCAAUCUUAAGAGUUCCAGUCCAGACCAAAACCCCUGGACCUGCUGUACACUUUUCAAAAGCCAGUUAGACAAAUCUUAAUUGAUGCUGACCCCCUUGCACAAGCAAAAGGCCAGGGAAAUGGCUGAGGUGUGUAAAGGAAGGGCGGUGCUAAAGCCUCUCCUGUUGAUUGUUCUGUAGGGGUAUGUAUUAGAGAGAUGGGGAUAAAGAACCUUUUGCCUGUAUCUUUGCAAAAGAGUGAGAGUCAGUAGGCAGAGCUAAUGCUGCUGCCCCUUCAGUCCUUAUCUGAAAAUAUGGUGCCUGUAAAAAAUGAGUUGCCAGUGAAGGGACUAAGGGAAGCAGGAGUUAUGGUUGCCCCAGCAGAAUGGGGCAAACAGGUUCUGUCUGUGUAUAUGUAAAUAAGCCUGUGCUAUGAACUGAAGGCACGCAGUGCAGUAGUCUUGCUAAAACUAAGUAGGGCUGGAUCUGGUCAGGGCUUGAAUGGGAGACCUUACUAGAAACCUAGGCACCAACUUCAGCUGCACUCAGUGCCAUAACUAGCUUUUCAUGUGCCCUGUGCAAGGUUUUAUUUUUGGGCCCCUUAAUUUUUUUUGA